UAAAACAGUGGGGGGGGAAUCCCUGCUAUACAUAUGAAGCACAAUUUAAGCCCAAUACAACUGACCAAUCAAAAUUAGUGAAUGCACUGCAUCUCUCUGCAGUGGAGAGAAGCCACAAGGUAGGCUGUCAUUCUGCAAAAGCUGCCCAGAACAGGCUUUCCUCUGAAAAGCAGUGCCAUUCCUUUUUAGAAAGACUGAAUCUAAGUGCUGUCUCUGGAGACAAGAAGCCUUCAGUAUGUUAAAUUACUUUCAUUAUGUAUUUUCAGAUGCUUAUUGAUUCCACAGUAGGAAGAGUGAGAGACUGCAGCAGCCUCCAAGCAGCACUACAUGUUCCAUACAUUAGCAGUACUGCUGAAACAAUGGCACAGUACAGACACACAUUUUCAUUAAGGUCUUUUUCGAAGAGGUGUUUAUGACCCUCUUCCCCCAGUCCUCUACUAACCAGUGAACAAAAUGAAUCAAUCAAAACUGGAAAUGCUUCAACUACAUCAAGAAUUUAUCAAAUCUUUAGCAGAGGGCCCAAACCAGCUAAUUCAGUAUUUACAACUGACAAUAUGAAGAAUGCAUCUGACCCAUCACCUCCCUAGCUGUCUGAACCACAAACUGCAGGAUAUUCUUGCAACAAUGAUUUUAAGACAUUAAGGAGUUAAAACCAGAGAAUAUAGGUCUACGUUACUGCUGGGAUAUAACACAUCGACAGUAACCAUCCUAAGAAGAUGCUAUAUAAAACAGCCACAAAAUGAAAAUAUAACUGUAAAAGCCUGAAAACAAAAUGGUGAGCAUUUUUAAAGGGGGAGUUUAUAAUUUAACAUACCAAAAUUGUGGAGCCACCAAUUCUUGAAGAAACAGUGAAACAUGGAUUGCCAAGAGAAUAAUAUACAUUACCAGCAAGCUAAAUGAAGCUUUAGCAAGUAUUUUUCUGCGCUAAAUAUUCAGAUAUUCGUAUCAAUUGAUAUUACUAAAGGAUUUUUCCAUCUGAGUUUUAUGACCAAUUAUGUAUCCUCUUCUAAUGAAAACAAACCAAAUUAAAUAGCAGAUGGUUUUUAUCAAGAGAACAUGGACUGGACUUAUAACCAAGUUAUGUGACCAAGAAAUCAUUUCAAAAUAAUGAGGACUGCUAUAGAAACAGAUUUACAUUUGUAACAAAAGGAUGUCUAAGUACAUUUUAGAAGCUAGAAACCUUAUGUUUCUUUUGUUUUCACAUGUUCUGGAAAAUAAAGAGACAUCAUCACAUAUUCUCUCAAAGGGAAACAAUUCCUAUCAUUUGAGGAAGUUUCUCUCGGUCGUGACUUUUUAAGGCAAAACAAACACAAGUAUUUUGUACUGGUCUUUAGAAAUUCAUCAGCCAACUAAAUCUCACAAUUCAUGCAGUUGAAGUACUGGAGAGAAAAAUGAAAGAAUUCCUACAAGACAUGAAAUAAAACACAGCUACUUCACUGUUGUCAGGGAAAAAACCAACUGCUCCAAAAGAAUGUGUUUUUCUCCCAUUCUGGAAAUCAACAUGCAGUCUGAAUCUAACAUUACAGUGCGAGAUGACAUUGAUGACAUCAACACCAAUAUGUACCAACCACUAUCAUAUCCAUUAAGCUUUCAAGUGUCUCUCACCGGAUUUCUUAUGUUAGAAAUUGUGUUGGGACUUGGCAGCAACCUCACCGUAUUGGUACUUUACUGCAUGAAAUCCAACUUAAUCAACUCUGUCAGUAACAUUAUUACGAUGAAUCUUCAUGUACUUGAUGUAAUCAUUUGUGUGGGAUGUAUUCCUCUAACUAUAGUUAUUCUUCUGCUUUCACUGGAGAGUAACACUGCUCUCAUCUGCUGUUUCCAUGAGGCCUGUGUAUCUUUUACAAGUGUCUCAACAGCAAUCAACGUUUUUGCUAUCACUUUGGACAGAUAUGACAUCUCUGUAAAGCCUGCAAACCGAAUUCUGACAAUGGGCAGAGCUGUAAUGCUAAUGAUAUCCAUUUGGAUUUUUUCAUUUUUCUCAUUCCUGAUUCCCUUUAUUGAGGUAAAUUUUUUCAGCCUUCAAAGUGGAAAUACAUGGGAAAACAAGACACUUCUGUGUGUCAGUACGAAUGAAUACUACACUGAACUGGGAAUGUAUUAUCACCUGCUAGUACAGAUCCCAAUAUUCUUUUUCACUGUCAUAGUAAUGUUAAUCACAUACAGCAAAAUACUUCAGGCCCUCAAUAUUCGAAUAGGCACAAGAUUCUCAACAGGCCAGAAGAAGAAAGCAAGAAAGAAAAAGACGAUUUCUCUAACCACACAACACGAGACUACAGACAUGUCACAAAGCAGUGGUGGGAGAAAUGUAGUCUUUGGUGUUAGAACUUCAGUCUCUGUAAUAAUUGCCCUCCGGCGAGCUAUGAAACGACACCGUGAACGACGAGAAAGGCAAAAGAGGGUCUUCAAAAUGUCUUUAUUGAUUAUUUCUACAUUUCUUCUCUGCUGGACACCAAUUUCUGUUUUAAAUACCACCAUUUUAUGUUUAGGCCCAAGUGACCUUUUAGUAAAAUUAAGGUUGUGUUUUCUAGUCAUGGGUUAUGGAACAACUAUAUUUCAUCCUCUAUUAUAUGCAUUUACUAGACAAAAAUUUCAAAAGGUCUUGAAAAGUAAAAUGAAAAAGCGAGUUGUUUCCAUAGUAGAAGCUGAUCCCAUGCCUAACAAUGCUGUAAUACACAACUCUUGGAUAGAUCCUAAAAGAAACAAAAAAAUUACCUUUGAAGAUAGUGAAAUUAGAGAAAAAUGUUUAGUACCUCAGGUUGUCACAGACUAGGGAAAAGGCUAAGUUUCACCAAACCCACACUCAGAAGUUUUAAAUUUAAACUGUAAAAAAUUACUGCCAAAUAUAAGAAAAACAUUUUAAGUACUGGUUAUGUUGUAAAUUUUCAAUGUAAAUGUCAAGAUUAGAUUAGGUCAUAUAUAUUCAAUUUCUUCAUUACUUAAUGUAUUUGUUGCAUGGCAGUUUGUUAAGGUAAUAUCAUGUGUAUAUUUUGUCAAUAUUAUGUCCAACAGAAGAUAUUUAUGUAAGUCAUAUUUUCUAAAGAAUAAAUACAUAGCCUUAAAAC